AUGGCAAACUCAGAGACGGGAACGAGCACCAGCAAUACAUCCACAAGUGUGUAUCAAGUUUUCUUGAGUUUUAGAGGCGCCGAUACUCGCCGUGGAUUCACCAGCAGCCUCUACCAUGCCUUGAUAGAUGCUGGGAUUUAUGUUUUCAUCGAUGAUGAGGAACUUCGACCGGGGGAAACAAUUAGUGGCAGCCUUUUGCAAGCGAUCAAUGACUCUAAGCUUUAUAUACCCAUCUUCUCCAAAGACUAUGCUUCAAGUCAUUGGUGCCUCCGUGAGCUUGCGAAGAUGGUGGAGAACACCUCCAAAUCUAAAGAAGAUAGGAAAAAGAAGGUCAUAUUACCCAUCUUCUACAAUGUGGAACCAAAAGAUGUGAAGUUGAAAACCACGUUGUACAACGACGCCAUAUCGAAUUUGGAGCACAAGGAGGAGGAUCAGAAGAAGUUCAGCUCCGAGGAUAUAAAGAUGUGGCGGUCGGCUCUCAAAGAAGUUGCUGCCAUGAAGGGAUGGGAGCUGGAGAAAUUUCCAGGCCAUGGGGAUCUUAUCAAGUUGGUCGUUAACGAGGUUGUGAUCAACCUCAAGACUAAAGAAAGAGAAUUGACUGCAGAUUUAAUUGGAAUGAAGGAUCGGAUAGCAACCAUAAACAAUUUAUUGGACAUAGACUCCGAUGUUGUGCGGCUCAUUGGAAUCUAUGGAAUGGGCGGCAUCGGGACAAUUUGCAAUAAGAAGGUGCUAAUUGUAUUGGAUGAUGUUGCUGAGGCCAACCAGAUCCAAAAACUAAUCGGAAAGCAACCUCUGUAUCCAGGUACUAGAAUACUUGUUACUACUAGGGACAAGAGUGUUCUGAAUAUCAAGAGAUUUAACUAUGAAUUUGAGAAAUAUGAAAUGGUGCGAUUGAGUGAGGAAGAGGCGCUUAUGGACUACCAUUAG